AUGGCUCUCAACAUCAACCCAUUGACGGCUACCGCCUCGCAGCUUCAGGCUAAGCUCACUCAGAAGUCCGUCACGAGUCAGCAGCUCGUCAAGCUCUAUCUUGCCCAUAUCGCUAAAUACAACGGUUAUCUGAAAGCGGUGCUUGCCGUCGCGCCUGAGGACCUGCUAGAUAGAGCUGCGGCUAAGCUCGAUGACGAGCGAGCUAACGGCCACGUUCGCGGCCCGCUCCAUGGGAUUCCCAUUCUUAUCAAGGACAACAUCGCGACAUCCCCUGACUUCGGAUUGCCAACAACUUGCGGCAGCCUUGCACUUAAAGGAUGGUCCGCAGUGGGAGGACAAACCCAGUCGGCAUACGUUCGCGGUGGGUUCUCCCAUGCUAACGAUACCAGUGGUGGCCACAGCAACCCUGGGGGGUCUUCUUCUGGCUCUGCUGUUGCAGUUAGUGCCGGAAUGUCUCCUUUUUCUAUUGGCACUGAAACCAUGGGUUCUCUCAUCAUGCCUAGUGAUAGAGCUGCGCUCUUUACUAUCAAGCCCACCCUCAAGAUUGUCCCUCAGGAUGGCAUUAUUCCGGUUACGCUCGAGGCAGAUUCUGCUGGGCCAAUGACUAAAUCUGUUUUAGACCUGGCCAAUCUUCUCGACAUACUUGUGGACCCGUCCCGUACAUCCGUGCCAGAAGGGGGUUACAAGAGUGCUGUGAACAACUCUUGGGGGGAUAUACGCAUUGGAUACUUGGAUCCAGAACAAUGGCUAUUCCCAACAAAGAUUGUGAAGUACGAGAAAGAUGCUACUGAUCAAAUGCUGCGAGAAUGGAACGCGGCCUGUGAGAAACUCAAGUCUGUUGCCAAAGUCGUGAAGCCCGUGAAACUUCUCUCAGUCGCAGAAUCCUCACAGGACGGCAAGAGAGACAUUUGGGAUGCUUUUCACACAACCUUCAAGGCCCUCUUGGAGGAAUAUCUUCAAGGUGUUGACGAUUGUAAAGUCCGUACGCUGAAGGAACUUAUCGAGUUCAAUGAAGCGCAUGCAGCAGAGGAACUGCCCCCCAGUGCGGCAAAUCAAGCUGGCCUCAUCAGAGCCUUGAACGCCACCAUGGAUCCAGACGAAUAUCGCAAAUUGAUAGACGAAGCUCGUAUCACUUGCGGCGAGAAAGGGAUUGACAGGGUGUUGGAAGAGAAUGAGGUUGACAUCAUCCUUGGACCGGGUGAUGGGCCCAUGUUCGUCAUUGCUGGCACUGCGGGAUACCCAGUCGCAUCGCUACCUCUUGGGUACCUAGACUUCAACGGAAGACCAUUUGGGAUGCAGAUCACAGCCAGAGCGCAUGAGGACGCACUUCUAAUCCAGGCGCAAAGCGCAUGGGAGGCAACCUUUUCCCCGCGCCAGCCUCCGCAGUUGGAUGAAAUUGUGGCUUGGUCCUGA